CACGGGCGGCAAAGCGGAAAAGUCGGGAAGAACUGGAAAGACCGAGUGGAAAUGUCCUAGUGAGAAGGACCCCAAGUUUUAGAAGUAGAAACCGAAGAAACGCGAGUGCGGAAAAGCGUUGCAGUGGAAAUUGCGGACAGGCGGAAACCGCGUUUCGCUUACAUUGUCCAGUUGUAUCGGCAUCUCGAGAGCGUGAAUAUUUGAAAGAGCAUUUCAGCAACGCUACAAAAAUCAAUUCUCGAGUGAGCCUUUAAAAACAGCAAAUUGAAAUCGAAAUAGAGUAGAAAAAAAAACCCCAACCGCAGAAACAAAAAACCGAAAUGUGUCUCGGAAUAAUCGUCAGCCAAAUUGCAUUUCCAUUGCGACAUUAAAAUGCAAUUUGGGCGGGUCGUCGACUCCAGUUAUUGUCAAACAGUUGCCUCUUUAGCGGAUUAAUAUUUCUGUAAAUACCACCCAAAAGAGUUGAACGCAAAAAAUACGCAGAAGAAAAACAAGCGGAAAAACAGAAAAUACAUCAGCAACACAUCACAGUCAAACAUGUCGACCAUAAAGCUGCUCAUUAUCGGUCAACUUUGGCUCUGGAUUGGCCUGAUCUCCGGGGACGAUUCGCUGGACACGCGUGAGGGAGUCGAUCUGGUGCUCAAGUGUCGCUUCACCGAGCAUUACGACUCGACCGACUUCACCUUCUACUGGGCGCGAUGGACCUGCUGCCCCACAUUGUUCGAGAACGUGGCCAUUGGCGAUGUGCAGCUCAACUCGAAUUAUCGCUUGGACUUUCGACCGAGUCGCGGCAUUUACGAUUUGCAAAUCAAAAACACAUCUUAUAAUCGGGAUAAUGGACGCUUUGAGUGCCGCAUCAAGGCGAAGGGAACGGGCGCAGAUGUCCAUCAGGAGUUCUACAAUCUGACGGUGCUGACGGCUCCACAUCCGCCAAUGGUCACGCCCGGAAACUUGGCGGUGGCCACCGAGGAGAAGCCAUUGGAGUUGACCUGCAGCAGUAUUGGUGGCUCACCAGAUCCAAUGAUAACCUGGUACCGAGAGGGCAGCACCGUGCCACUGCAGUCGUAUGCUCUGAAGGGCGGAUCGAAGAACCACUAUACCAACGCCACACUCCAAAUUGUUCCCCGACGGGCCGACGAUGGCGCCAAGUACAAAUGCGUCGUCUGGAAUCGUGCCAUGCCCGAGGGUCAUAUGCUGGAGACCAGCGUCACGCUGAAUGUCAACUACUAUCCGCGAGUGGAGGUGGGACCACAGAAUCCUUUAAAAGUGGAACGGGAUCAUGUGGCGAAACUGGACUGCAGAGUGGAUGCCAAGCCCAUGGUUAGCAAUGUGCGAUGGUCCCGAAAUGGUCAAUAUGUGAGUGCCACGCCCACCCACACCAUAUAUAGGGUAAACCGUCAUCAUGCCGGAAAGUACACGUGCAGUGCGGAUAACGGCUUGGGCAAAACUGGCGAAAAAGAUAUAGUCUUGGAUGUUCUAUAUCCCCCGAUAGUGUUUAUCGAAUCGAAAACCCACGAGGCCGAGGAAGGGGAAACGGUUUUGAUUCGUUGCAAUGUCACCGCAAAUCCUUCGCCCAUCAAUGUCGAAUGGCUCAAAGAAGGUGCUCCGGAUUUCCGAUACACCGGAGAGCUGUUAACCCUCGGUUCAGUGCGAGCUGAGCAUGCUGGCAACUAUAUCUGCAGAUCGGUGAACAUUAUGCAGCCGUUCAAUUCGAAACGAGUGGAGGGUGUGGGCAAUUCCACGGUGGCUCUAUUAGUUCGACAUCGGCCGGGACAGGCUUAUAUAACGCCAAACAAGCCCGUCGUUCACGUGGGCAAUGGUGUGACUCUGACCUGUUCGGCGAAUCCGCCAGGAUGGCCUGUUCCCCAAUACCGAUGGUUCCGAGAUAUGGAUGGUGACAUCGGAAAUACGCAGAAAAUUCUGGCGCAAGGCCCACAGUACUCGAUACCAAAAGCACACUUGGGCAGUGAGGGCAAGUACCAUUGUCAUGCGGUCAAUGAGCUGGGAAUUGGUAAAAUCGCCACCAUAAUCUUGGAAGUACAUCAGCCACCCCAGUUUCUGGCCAAACUACAGCAGCAUAUGACUCGCAGGGUGGGCGAUGUGGACUAUGCAGUCACGUGCAGUGCCAAGGGCAAGCCAACACCGCAAAUUCGUUGGAUCAAGGAUGGCACUGAGAUUCUGCCCACUCGCAAGAUGUUCGAUAUAAGGACCACACCCACGGAUGCCGGCGGUGGUGUGGUGGCGGUGCAAAGUAUCCUGAGAUUCAGGGGCAAGGCCAGACCCAACGGAAACCAACUGCUUCCAAACGAUAGGGGCCUGUAUACGUGCCUUUACGAAAACGAUGUGAACUCUGCCAACUCUUCAAUGCAUCUGAGGAUCGAGCAUGAACCCAUAGUCAUACACCAGUACAACAAAGUGGCCUACGAUCUGCGAGAAUCCGCUGAAGUCGUCUGCAGAGUUCAAGCCUAUCCAAAACCGGAGUUUCAAUGGCAAUACGGCAACAAUCCCUCACCAUUGACAAUGUCUUCGGAUGGUCACUAUGAAAUUAGUACGAGAAUGGAAAACAACGAUGUAUACACCUCCAUUUUAAGGAUUGCACACUUGCAGCACUCUGACUACGGGGAGUAUAUUUGCAGAGCUGUAAAUCCCUUAGACACCAUAAGAGCACCAAUAAGACUGCAACCAAAAGGAUCGCCGGAGAAACCAACGAAUUUAAAGAUCCUCGAAGUGGGUCACAACUAUGCCGUCUUAAACUGGACGCCUGGAUUCAAUGGCGGCUUUAUGAGUACUAAAUAUCUGGUGAGCUAUAGGAGAGUGGCAACACCCAGGGAACAAACCCUAUCCGAUUGUUCGGGUAAUGGCUAUAUACCCAGCUAUCAGAUCAGCAGUUCGUCCAGUAAUUCCAAUCACGAAUGGAUCGAAUUCAAUUGCUUCAAGGAGAACCCCUGUAAACUCGCGCCCCUGGAUCAGCAUCAGAGUUAUAUGUUUAAGGUUUAUGCCCUAAAUUCCAAAGGCACCUCGGGCUAUUCGAACGAGAUAUUGGCCACCACCAAAGUUAGCAAAAUUCCGCCGCCUUUGCAUGUGAGCUACGAUCCCAAUUCACAUGUGCUGGGCAUCAAUGUGGCCGCCACAUGCUUAUCGCUCAUUGCGGUAGUGGAAUCACUGGUAACCAGGGACGCCACAGUGCCCAUGUGGGAGAUCGUGGAAACCCUGACUUUGCUACCGUCGGGCAGUGAAACGACCUUCAAGGAGGCCAUCAUCAACCACGUGUCGCGUCCUGCCCACUACACCACCGCCACCACAUCGGGCAGGAGCCUGGGUGUGGGUGGUGGCUCCCACCUGGGCGAGGAUCGCACCAUGGCAUUGGCCGAGACCGCGGGUCCCGGUCCAGUGGUGCGGGUCAAACUCUGCCUGAGGUCCAACCACGAGCACUGCGGCGCAUAUGCCAAUGCAGAAAUUGGCAAGUCCUACAUGCCGCACAAAUCCUCCAUGACGACAUCUGCCUUGGUGGCCAUCAUCAUCGCCUCGCUUUCAUUCGUCGUCUUCCUUGGUCUGCUCUACGCUUUUUGUCACUGCCGCAGGAAACACGCCUCCAAAAAGGAGAGCAGCUCAGUGGGCGGCGUAGUGGGAGGGGGCAACGCUAAUACUACGACUAAUCCAGGAUCUAGCGGAGCCAAGGAGUACGACCUCGACUUGGACGCCAGCCGAAGACCGUCGCUAAGUCAGGAUCCACAGCAAUCGCAGCAGCAGCCACCGCCACCACCCCCCUACUACCCCACUGGAACUCUGGACUCCAAGGACAUUGGCAGUGGCAACGGCGGCAUGGAGCUCACCCUCACCGCCCUCCACGAUCCUGAUGAGCAGCUGAAUAUGCAACAGCACCAGCAGCAGCACCACAGCAACCACGGCCAGUACCAACAGCCCAAAGCCAUAUUGGGUAUAUACGGCGGGGUGGCUGGCUCUGGGGGCAACAAUUCCGGCGGACAGCAUCCACAUUCGAACGGCUACGGCUAUCAUGUGACAAGUGCCAUCGGCGUGGACAGCGACAGCUAUCAAGUGCUGCCCUCCGAUGCCAACUCAGCAGCCGGAUCCCACGGACAUGGCAGUGGACACGGACACGGACACGGACUAGGAGCCGGAGAGUCAGGACCACUUGAGGCGACACCAGCAACAUGCAACAUCAGCGGCGGCGGCGGCAACAGCAGCAGCGGCAUUAACCCAAUGCAGCAGCAACAUUCAGCACGCGCCGAUCUAACGAACCAACCCACCAUCGCCACUGCCAGCUCCACCAACAACUACAGCAACAACCACUUGAACAACAGCCACACCCCCCAAACCACCAACAACACCAGCAACUGCACCACCACCCUGAAACGCGGCCACUUGGGAGCUAGGGAGAGGGAGAGGGAGAGGGAUAGAUGCAUGGUAACCGCAGCAACGGCGGCAACAACAACAGCGCUGGCAACCACCAUAACAACAACAUCUCGCAAUGCCAAGGCAGCAACAACAACAACAACACUAGCCAUUACAGGGUCAAGCAGCAAUUCGAACGAGAAUAACUACAGUAACGCCAGGGAUCUGUCGCAGGAGGCAUUGUGGCGCCUCCAAAUGGCCACCGCCCAGUCGCAGCAGAUUUAUGUGGAGCGACCACCGUCGGCAUUCAGUGGCCUGGUCGACUACAGUGGCUAUUCGCCGCACAUCCCCACGGUCACCAGUUCCCUUAGCCAGCAGAGUUUCAGUCCCACGCAACAACUGGCGCCCCACGAAAUGCUGCAGGCCGCCCAGCGUUACGGAACUUUAAGGAAAUCCGGUAAACAACCGCCUCUUCCCCCGCAGCGCAAGGAUAUGCAGCAGCAGGCGAAGCCUCCUCAGCAAAUGGCGGAUAUAAUACAGGAUUUGGCAAAUUAAACUAAUUGCCAGUUAAGAGACAACAAGAACAAGAGAAAACAAAAAAAAUGCAACCAAAUACAUUUCGAAAUAAGCAUUUGAGUAAGUAAAUACAAAAAAAAAAAAAAAAAAAUUAAAACACAAGCAAAUAAUCAUAAACUAAAAUAAACUUUUUAGCUAUUUAAGUGGCGUGAAAAUUGCUUGCAAUGCUAAAAUUAUAUGCAAAAUAAAAAAUAACUCGCCUAUUUCGACCAAAAAUCAACAAGAAAAAGUUCUGUAUAUGUGAAGAACUAAAAAAAAUACGAAAAAGUGUAGUAACUACAACUCCAAGUAUGCUAAGAAUAAAAAAAAAAUUUUAACUUGCCCAAAGGCAGUUCAAGUUGUUUAGCAAGAGAAAAAAUUCUUGAAAAAAUCGCUUUCUUACUUACUAUUUUUCUUUCUUUUCUUUCUUACUAUUUUUCAAGUGAGCAUUUCUAUAAAU